UCGAACGAAAAGUAUCGAGUAUGUACUUGUAUUUACCUGUAUUGUUUCAUCUGUAGUGGCGGCCAUUGCAACGUUUUGCCAAAGGAAUUUAGUAAAAUAAAAACUUCCACGCUUUCACGUAAUUAAACUAACAUCAAAAUGUCAAAAGCACAUCCACCAGAGUUGAAGAAGUACAUGGACAAACGAAUGCUGCUGAAACUGAACGGAGGACGCUCUGUUGCUGGUAUUUUGCGUGGUUUCGAUCCGUUCAUGAAUGUAGUGCUGGACGAAACUGUGGAAGAGUGUAAAGAUAGCACGCGCAACAACAUUGGCAUGGUGGUAAUUCGUGGUAACAGCAUUGUUAUGGUAGAGGCGCUCGAUCGAGUAUAAUACAAUUAAGGAAGUCGCCUAGUUUGACGUCUUAAUUGGUAUAUAUGUAUGAAGUAAUAAAAUUUAAUAUAAGGUGAAAACAUAAA